AUGUCCCACGGGACCUACUAUGAGUGUGAGCCCCGGGCUGGCCAGCAGCCACUCGAGUUCUCAGGGGGCCGAGCGGGGCCUGGGGAGCUGGGGGACAUGUGUGAGCAUGAGGCCUCCAUCGACCUCUCUGCCUACAUUGAGUCUGGGGAGGAGCAGCUCCUCUCUGACCUCUUCGCGGUGAAGCCGGCACCUGAGGCCCGAGGCCUUAAGGGACCCGGAACCCCUGCCUUCCCCCACUACCUGCCGCCUGACCCUCGGCCCUUCGCCUACCCCCCACAUACCUUCGGCCCUGACAGGAAGGCGCUGGGGCCUGGCAUCUACAGCAGCCCGGGGAGCUACGACCCCAGGGCUGUGGCCGUGAAGGAGGAGCCCCGGGGGCCAGAGGGCAGCCGAGGGGCCAGCCGUGGUGGCUACAAUCCUCUGCAGUACCAAGUGGCACACUGUGGGCAGACGGCCAUGCACCUGCCCCCAGCCCUGGCAGCACCCAGCCAGCCCCUGCGCGUCCUCAAGGCCCCUGUGGCCACCGCCGCACCCCCCUGCAGCCCCCUCCUCAAGGCACCAUCCCCGGCUGGCCCCUCACACAAAGGCAAGAAGGCGGUGAACAAGGACAGCCUGGAAUACCGGCUGCGGCGGGAGAGAAAUAACAUCGCCGUGCGCAAGAGCCGGGACAAGGCCAAGAGGCGCAUCCUGGAGACACAGCAGAAGGUGCUGGAGUACAUGGCGGAGAAUGAGCGCCUCCGCAGUCGUGUGGAGCAGCUGACCCAGGAGCUAGACACCCUCCGAAACCUCUUCCGCCAGAUCCCCGAGGCUGCCAACCUCAUCAAAGGCGUGGGGGCCUGCAACUGA